CAGGCGCAGAGAGGGCUCCUUCUCGUGCCGCUGGCUGAGGUGCUCUUUUUCUCCCUCGGUCCGCUUAGAGAAAGAGGCGGCGCAAGAGGGCCGUGGCUGGAACGAGGAGCCCGGAGGGAGGCCCCGCUUGCCUCAGCGCCGGAGACGGCGGGGAAGGGAGGGCGGCGGCCGCCUCGGCCUCGCUCCCGAAAUGUCGCAGACAGCCAUGUCCGAGACCUACGAUUUCCUGUUUAAGUUUUUGGUAAUUGGAAAUGCUGGAACUGGCAAAUCUUGUUUGCUUCAUCAGUUUAUUGAGAAGAAAUUUAAAGAUGAUUCAAAUCAUACCAUAGGAGUAGAGUUUGGUUCAAAGAUAAUAAAUGUAGGAGGCAAAUAUGUAAAACUACAGAUAUGGGAUACAGCUGGACAAGAACGAUUCAGGUCUGUAACACGAAGCUAUUACAGAGGUGCUGCAGGUGCCUUACUUGUUUAUGACAUUACCAGUCGAGAAACCUACAAUGCUCUUACUAAUUGGCUGACAGAUGCAAGGAUGCUAGCAAGUCAAAAUAUUGUAAUAAUACUAUGUGGCAAUAAAAAAGAUCUUGAUGGUGAUCGGGAAGUCACUUUCUUGGAAGCAUCCAGGUUUGCUCAAGAAAAUGAGCUGAUGUUCUUGGAAACAAGUGCACUGACAGGAGAGAAUGUUGAAGAGGCUUUUGUACAGUGUGCAAGAAAAAUACUUAAUAAAAUUGAGUCAGGUGAACUGGAUCCAGAAAGGAUGGGCUCAGGUAUUCAGUAUGGAGAUGCUGCUUUGAGACAGCUGAGGUCUCCACGUAGAGCACAAGCUCAGAGUGUUCAAGAAUGUGGCUGUUAGAAGUAGGCGACAAAUGAAACACGCCUUAAGGAAAAGGCUGCCUUUGCAAAUGAUGUUUCAUUAAACAACUGCCAUUGCUUCAAGGCUCUGCAAUUUUAGAACUCCUUUUUGAUUCAACCAAGCAGACUACAUAUGGUAUUUUUUAAAAAAAGAAAAAGUUCUGUGGAAUGGCUUCCAGAAGUGUGCAUUUGACAUAAAAAGACUGCAGAAAAGAACAUCUGAUAAUGCAGUGGACAAUACUAAAAUGCCUGUAUGUAAAUGUUUUCUGUUGCAUAUUUUUGUUCAUUAUCUUAUUUCUGUAUCCUGUGUAUAUAAAAUGUCAACAUUAAAUUUCCAAAGCAUGAUAUACUGACAUAAUAUUGCACUAACAGCUGUUUGUUUGUUUUUUAAACUAAAAUUUUAACUUUGAUAGGCAUUAUCAUGUUUUGGGCUUUUUUGUACAAUAGCUUCUAUUUAUGAGAUGACAUUGAAAGCUACUGGCAUUGAUUGUCAGCAUUUUAUUUGCCACAUUCUACAAGGCACUUACAUGAUUUAUUUUUAUUUUAUUUUUUGAAAAAAUUGUUAGAUCAUAAGUUCAUUAAUUAGCCAUGUUGAGAAGACAAUUUUUAUUGAAACAUAGCCAUCCUGUUUCCUGACUAUUCUUCAAUGUAUUUCAAUCAUUUUGUCAAGCAUAGGCUACAAAAUACAGUUGUGAACUCUGAGAGCUUACUGCUGUCUGAUAUUAUCUUGGGAAAUUCCUAUUUUUUACAUCAUAGAUUUUAACUGAAACAAUAUGUUUUGGGUGAAAGAUAAUGCCUUCUUGUUUUGCUGUUUUAGAGCCGUAUUGUGAAUCACCACUAUGAUUUUUUAAAUUAAACAUUCUAUAUAUAUGACUUUUCAGGUUAUACUCCUCUGUAAAAAGAAGACUUUUCAAUCUGCCAUGUUUACAAAGUACUACUGACUUCCUCAACUCUGUAAUCUAGAAGUACAGCUCUUUAAAUGGCAGCAAUUUGUCCACAUUUGGGAUCUUUGAAAUGGACUUAAUAAACUGGCACAAAGAUCCCUCUUUCCAUGCAGAUUUUCCAUGCCACUGUGAAAGAGAAACAGCCCUCUGCUUUCAUGAUAUUCAAUAAGAGAAUUGAGAGUCGCAUAGAUUCACCUUGGUAUAUGACACAUUGAUUUUGGUGAAAUAGGUAUAUGUGUAAAAUAAAAUGGCCUCUUGCAGAUUUUUAGAGUCAUCCACUUAACUUUCACUGGUCAUGGUACUCAGAGCAGAGCCUCACAUGACUACAUGAGCUGUUAACAGGUUAAUACAGGAGCAGAAGUUUGUUCAGAUUUGCAGUGUUUCUCAAAUACAAGUUGGGAGAGAGAUCAUUUUGGGGCAUCCUAUCUGUUUUGCCUUUCACAAUAUAGAAACUUUGAUUUUGA